UUGAAAUUGUAAUCAUUUUCCAUUAUUUAAAUCUAGCCUAACUUAUUUCUAAACUUACUCUAACCAUGGGAGGAUAUGUCACAAGAGAGCGAUUCGAAUGGGAUUAUUCAGACCAACCUCACACAGAUCGGAGAAUACAGAUGCUUAGUCAAUACCCACAACUCAAGAGAUUGAUGAAGGUAAAUCCACAUUUCAAGUGGGUUGUAUGUGCCCAAGUUGCCGCACAAUUUGUUGCUUGCUAUCUUGUCAGAGAUCUGUCGUGGCCAUGGCUUUUACUAUGGGCAUAUAUUUUGGGAGGAACAUUGAAUCAUAGCUUAACACUUGCAAUACACGAAAUGUCUCACAAUCAAGCAUAUGGACAUGGAAGUAAAAGCAGGUGGAAUGGAAUUUUUGCCAUGUUUGCGAACCUCCCUAUCGGCAUUCCUUACUCUGUAUCAUUCAAGAAAUAUCACCUCGAUCAUCACCGAUGUCAAGGGGUAGACGGAAUCGACACCGACAUCCCAACAGAAUUUGAAGGUGUUUUGUUUUGCACAACGCUACGUAAGUCUUUAUGGGUUUUACUGCAGCCAUUACUCUAUGCAAUACGACCUCUGUACAUCAAUCCGAAACCUUUACACAACAAGACCUCAUCAAUGCCACUUGCCCAGAUCACGUUCAAUGUUUUUUUGGUUUGGAUGUGGGGAGGACGAGCCCUUGCGUAUCUUCUCAUUGGUACCUACCUAGGCCUGGCAAUUCAUCCCGUUUCAGGACAUUUUAUAUCUGAGCAUUACAUGUUUUUAAAGGGACACGAAACCUACUCAUAUUACGGGCCUUUGAACAUGUUAACAUACAAUGUAGGAUAUCACAUGGAACACCAUGAUUUUCCAAGCAUUCCAGGAGCCAAAUUGCCACUGGUUCAGAAGAUAGCACCGGAUUUCUACGACGAUCUUCCCCGCCAUGACUCCUGGCCCGGAGUAAUAAAAGAAUUUAUAACCGAUCCAGACGUAGGACCUUACUCCAGAAUUAAAAGGAAAGACUAUUCGGGACAAAACGGGAAGGACCAGAAUGCAAACGGAAAAAUAUUCAACGGAGAGAUAUCGAAAUGAAUGUCUAUCCACUGAUCACCGAAAAGCAUGAUAAUUUAAACUAUAUAAUUGAUGCCCCAUUACAAUUUGUACGCUUUGCUACCGAAGGGUCCACAAACAAAAGCUUUGCACGCAAUGUGAGUGUAUCCAUUGAACGACGGAAUUUGAAUUUUUUACUCCUGUAUUCAACUCAACCACACAUGGCAUUCACGUUAUAUUUGAUACAAGUCACACACACCCGCUUCUUGCCUAUUUAUUUUCUACGUUAUUUAACAUUGAACUAUUGCUGUUAUAGGAAAUUUAGCCAGAAAUUCAAAUAAAUAUGAAAACGUGAAAUA